AUAUGUUCGUAUUGAAGAAUGUGAAACAGAUCAUGGCAGAAGUUAGAAUUAGAAUUUUAAAUAUUAACAGCACAGACCAAACAUCAACUGAACAAAAAAACAACAUAUUAGAUGCCAUUGCAAAAAUGGACAAGAUGGAUAAAGACAAAAGAAGAAAGGAAACCAUUGGUGUUUUUGGAAAGACAGGACAAGGAAAAAGCUCCCUGUUAAAUGCAAUCUUGGGAUUAGAUUAUUUACUGCCAUCUGGUUGUUUUGGUGCCUGUACAUCUGUUGUUACUCAGGUGGAAGCGAAUCUGAUCGAUUCCAACUACACAGCAGAGAUUGAACUCAUCUCUAAAGAGGAAUGGGAAAAUGAGAUUACUUCAACUGACAACAGGACCGAAACUGUCAUAGAAAGAAUCACUGCACUGUAUGGAGCUGAUGCAGAUAAGAAAACACUGGAAGAACUAAAGAAAGAUGACAAAUAUGCCGAAAUUGAUAACUUUUUGUCUACCACGAUAAAAACUAUUUCACACACUGAAGUAAGGGAAUUUACCAGUGCUGUUGCACGUUACAUACAACACAGUGAAUGGUACUGGCCUCUUGUGAAAAGUGUGACAAUCAAGAUACCAAACUGUGGUGAACUCCUGGAACACAUUGUGCUUGUUGAUCUUCCUGGGACUGGAGACUGCAACAAAAUUAGAGAUGACCUGUGGAAAACGAAACUGAGAGAGUGCUCUUCUGUGUGGAUUGUAAGUAACAUCAAUCGAGCUAUUGAUGACAGAGACCCCUGGGGUAUAAUACAGCACUGCAUUCAAGACCUGGGACCAGGAGGAGAGUGCAGAAACAUCGACUUCAUCUGUACCAGAACUGAUGACAUUGAUCCGAAAGAAUAUCUAAGAUCUUUACGCCACUCUGGAGACCAAAUUUCUUUAGACAAGAACCCUAAAACAGGGUGCAUAAUUCAUAGGAACAACCGUGCAAAGGCAAUUGUGAAAAAGAAGUUUGAAAAUCUUGAAAUCAUGAAAUCAAAAGCCAGAUUCAUUACUGAUGUUUUCACUGUCAGCUCCAGGGCAUACUUAGAUAAAGAUCCACAUCUGGAACCUGCUGAAACAGAAAUUCCAAAGCUGCAGGAUGUUCUGAAGAACAUUAACAAGAGAAUUAACCGAGAACUGACCAGAGAUUAUGUCAAUGAAGCAAAGGGAGUUUUAUCCUUCAUUCAAAGUGUCCAACUAGAUACAGAUGAAAAAAUGGUGGAGGAAAAAGCUGAAGUCCAUAAAGCUUUGCAGAAGAACCUAGAAAAGGCACUGAAGGAGUUGGAUUGUCAGUUUGAUUUACUUUAUAUGAUUUUGGAUCAAUGUCUCUCAAAAGGAGUGAAGGAAUCAGUGGAACUGUGUGUUGACACCAAAAACUCCAUGAUUGCAUCUGUUGCACCUGUAGAUAAAAGGGGAUUCCAUAAAACCCUUCAAGCAUUGUACAAGAACAAGGGAUACUAUUGGCCAAAGAACUGGGAUGGACCCCUAGAUCUAAACAUGUGCUUGGCCACACACAUGCACGACAACAUCGAUGAGAAUUUUAAUUUAAUUUUUCCUGUUGAUGGCAAUAACAAAACCGGAAAAUCAGUGCAGGAACAGAUUGAUGAAUUCAGUAUCAUCCAAAGUGGCACUGCUUACUCGCCAUCUUCCAUGCUAUACCACAUGGAAAACUUCAUCAAAACAGAGGAAACCAAAGUGAAGGCAUUGCUCAAAAGAGAAGUUGUUGCGAGAAAGAAGGAAAUCUACUCGUCAAUCCAAAAAACAAUUCAGAAUCGAAUGACUGCUGGCUAUGAGCAAGCUGCAAAGUUGAAAGGAGUAAAAGCAAUGGAGAAGAGGGAGGAUAAAAUAACGGAAACAAUUGAAUUGUUAAAAGCCAGCAUGUUCAAAGAUGCAAAAAUGGAAGUUCUGAAUCAGUUCAAGGAUUUAAAGGAUCAUAUAUGCAAGACCCUUGAAUCUGAGCUAAAGGGAUCAGUGGAACGCUCACUUUCACAAACCAGCAGAACCACUCUGAUGGAUGUCACCGGAAAGAUUGAAAGGUUGGAGCUUCUGUCAAGGUCUGUCAUCUGACUCGUCAUUUAAAAGCAGCA